CUCAGGCCCGGAUUUCCCUGGCCUCCACCCCACUUCCCUGAUCCCAGUACAGCGGUGUCGUGUGGCGCGCCGGGGCGUGGCCUGGGAUUCCCGGGGUGGGGAGGCCACUGUAUGUCCUUGGGCUGAGAGGGGAGGUGACUCCAGCCGAAGAAGAGGACGCAGAAUGAGGGCCCUGCGGGUUUCCCAGACACUGAUGCGCUCCUUCAGCUCAACUACCCGGAACCGCUUGGAGAACCGAGUAGCUGAGAAACAGAAACUCUUCCAGGAGGACAAUGACCUCCCGGUGCACUUGAAGGGCGGGGGAACCGACAACGUCCUGUACCGACUGACCAUGGCGCUGUGUCUGGGAGGUGAGUGCAGGGCGAGGCUCGGCCUGAGCUUCAAGAGGCCAGCUCCAGCUGGAGUGAGGAAGGGGCUGGUUCCCAGCUUGGGGUUUGGGAGAGAACCGACUAGCGUAUGAGCUGGGGGAUUUAGGGAGAGGACUGGGUUCUAAACUGGCCAGGUUUGGGGAUGGAACUGGAGUCCAGGCUGGCAAAUAGGGAGGGAGCUCCUUAGGGUUUGGGCUUCUGUCCUACGAGGGGGUCUGGGUCCCAGGCUGGAGCUAAGACAAAGCUCAGGGCCUGGUUUGGAUCAAGGACCAUGGAUUUCCCCACCUGAAGUGCAGUUUGGGGAGGGAGCUAGAGCCUGAACUGGGGCUGAGAUCUAGACUGGUGAUAGGGUAAUUUGCUGAGAAGCUUAAAAGCCUGAGGUGUGUGGUUCAGCAA